UCUCACGAGAGCAAAACAUUUUGACAAGCCGAUUUUGCAACAUUUUUUUGGAGAUUUCGGCGAUUUUUGCAAUGAUUGGUUUGUGAUAACUAGAACACGCAUCAGAAUUAGUGCAAAUAAUCCCGUUAUCUCGGAAGUGAGUACGGAAAAGCAAUUUCCCCAUCCGCAGCUUGUGUUGUAGUUUCCAAGUUUGUUUUGGUGUGAUGGUGCUGGACACUACGGUCAAUCAGUCAGUCUCAAAGAUGUCGGAAAUUAUCCAAAACGCACCAAGUUCUGCUUCAUCGGAUAGUGACUCAACUGAACAGAAGGAAUCGAUGGAAGACCCAUUUUCGUCUACUGGAUUGAUCGAGUGCGAUAUACCAAAAGCUGGAGAAACUAUGACCGAGUGUUGUCCGGCAUCACCAACAACUGUUCCUGCUAAAUCCAACCGGUCCAAUUCGUCCGGUUCGCAAAUUCGGUCACCAAAACCACGCCGGCAGCGUACAACAUCGGUGAACCAGAAUACAAUCAAUUCCAACGAAGCCAUAAUUCGUUCCAAUAAUCGAACAAUUUACACUGCCGGAAGACCACCAUGGUACAAUUGUGCUGGCCAGCAAGUUGAACCUUUCGUAAUUGGAAUUUGUGGUGGAAGCGCAUCAGGAAAAACUACCGUAGCUCAAAAGAUAAUCGAAAGCUUAGAUGUGCCAUGGGUUACACUGUUGUCCAUGGAUUGCUUCUAUAAAAUCCUAAAUCAGAAACAACACGAGCAAGCCAUUCGAAAUGAGUAUAACUUUGACCACCCUGAUGCUUUCGAUAUCGAGCUGAUGAAAGAUGUGCUACAGCGUCUCAAGGAAGGACGCAAGGUGGAGGUUCCGGUUUACAAUUUUGUCUCACAUUCGAGAGAAAUACAUACGAAAACAAUGUACGGUGCGAAUGUAAUAAUUUUUGAAGGCAUUCUCACCUUCCACAAUCCGGAAAUUCUUAAAAUGUUGGACAUGAAGAUCUUCGUCGAUACGGAUUCUGACAUUCGCCUUGCGAGGCGCCUGAAGCGAGACAUUCAACAACGAGGUCGUGAUUUGGAAGGAGUGCUGAAACAGUAUUCCACGAUGGUUAAACCAGCAUACAGUAGUUACAUUGCUCCAACGAUGGCGCAUGCUGACAUCAUUGUUCCUCGAGGUUCUAGCAAUGUCGUGGCUAUUCAGCUUAUCGUUCAACACGUUCAUACGCAGUUGCAACUGCGAGGAUUUAAACUGCGAGAAGCGUUGGCACACUCUUAUAUUGGCCAACCAAUGCCCGAUUCUUUGAAAUUGUUAGCUAUGACACCGCAGGUGAAAGGUUUACACACCUUUAUUCGUAAUGCCAGCACACCCAGAGAUGAGUUUAUUUUCUACUCGAAACGUUUGAUCAGAUUAGUUUUGGAAUACGCUCUUAGUCUGUUGCCGUUCAAAAAUGUCGAGGUGGACACUCCACAGGGCGUUCUGUAUGAAGGCAAAAGGAUGGCUUGUCAGAAGAUUUGUGGCGUGUCAAUUCUGCGCGCUGGCGAAACGAUGGAACAAGCAGUCAGCGACGUUUGCAAACAUAUUCGGAUUGGGAAAAUUCUCAUUCAAACGAAUCAGCUUACUGGUGAGCCAGAGCUGUACUAUUUACGUCUCCCUAAGGACAUAAAGGAUUAUAGGGUGAUACUGAUGGACGCUACUGUUGCUACAGGUGCUGCUGCAAUUAUGGCUAUACGCGUGCUGCUGGAUCACGAUGUUCCUGAGGAAAAUAUUAUGCUUGUUUCUCUACUGAUGGCCGAGAUUGGUGUACACUCCAUUGCCUACGCCUUUCCUAAAGUGCAAAUCGUAACGUCCGCACUAGACCCGGAGAUCAACGAGAAAUUCUAUGUCAUCCCCGGUAUAGGUAACUUUGGUGAUAGAUAUUUUGGCACUGAACCAACUGACACGGAAAUUCUAUAUGAAUAACUUGUCCAAUCAAUAAACGUGAAGUGAAUCAAAA